AUGAAACCCCCUGGGGAUGAUGUGGGUGAGCAAUGGCUUAACCGUCUGUUUGAAGGCAAGGAGCACGCUGCUUCCUACUGGAAGUACAGGAUCUCUCCAUCAGAUCAUCUGAUACAACAGGUGCUGGACUUCCUGGAAAAACAGAAAGGUCGUCCCUUUGAGCUGGCGGUGGAUGUGGGUUGUGGCUCAGGACAGGGCACUUUGCUGCUGGCCAAACACUUUGCCUCUGUGGUGGGGACAGACGUGAGUCCUGCCCAGCUGGAAGUGGCGUUGCAGCAUGUUAAAGAGCCAAACAUCACAUAUAAACAGUGUGGUGGCUGAGGAGCUGCGUUUGCUGACAGCUCAGUGGACCUGAUGACAGCCAUGUCGGCAUUCCACUGGUUUGACAGGCCACGCUUUCUCCGAGAGGCACAGAGUCCUGAAGCCCGUGGCUGCUUAGCUCUGCUCAGCUACACCAUUGACAUGGAGCUCAGUCCACCCGACUGCUGCUCGCACACGCUGAACCAGUCGUCAAAGAGGUACUCACCGAAUAUUCACCUGAGAGAGGUGACAGGGAAUGUGCUCUGA